CCCGGUCAACUUUUGCGCACCCCCCGCGCACAGUCGCAUUGAUUGGCGUUAAGAACGGUCUGCGUGCGCUGCGGCUGCGACCGCUGCUCGCGCGCUCGGCCCGGCGAUGGCUGGACUCCAAACUUUGUUGCCCCCUGAGGUGCUGGCGCACGUCGCGCUUUACGUCGGGAAAAAAUAUCACCCAGUUCGCCCAUACCUAACCGACCUGCUCGCCCUGCGGUGCGCGUGCAAGGCGGGCAAAAAAGCGGUUGAGCGAGCCGCCCGGGAGCAUAAAGCGGUCGAGGUAAUCGGAUUCAGAGAUGGCGCAAGCGCCCAGGCCAUCCAGACGUUCGGUCGCUAUUUUGGAAGCGGCUGUCGAACUUUAGAUUUAGGGUUCGGCUCAAAACAUAUGCUUGCAAUUCGGGAUUUCGUCGUGAGCGACACAAGAGGACAGCUGCGAGAACUGCGCAUCAAGUUCUCUGGUUCUACUCUUUCUAGGGAUGUUCUCAUGGAGAUGUGUCGCGGAUGUCGACAACUACGCGUUUUUGAUGCGUCGAGCGAUGCGCCGUGCCUUAAUGGUCCCACAAAAGGGGCAAACCUCGCGGACUUCGCGUCUGAGUUGAGUCGAGCGUGCCCGCUGCUCGAAGAUGUACGUCUUAGAAGCAAUCUGCUAUCCGCGGCCGAGACCUACGCGAUGCAUUUUCCCCGACUUAAAUGUCUCUCAUUCCGGGCGCAAGACCCGGAAGGCUAUGAACCGACUUGUUACGACCAAAUCGAAGUGACUUUGAGGACAUGUGCACAUGUGGACCAUGUGUGGCUUACCGACUGCAUUGUGUCGCCAGCGCUGGUGGAUCUGCUUCUGCGGUCGCCCAUACGAGGGCGUCUGAGGAAGCUAGUCGUCCGUGGUUACGCCGAGAUUUCACCUGAACUGAUCCUACAGUGUGCUAGGGGCUUUAAAACGAUGACGGUAUUGUACCUGCCGGAUGGUGAAGUGUUUUCUGCGGAGCCCGAGUUCUACCACGAUCUAGCGCAGGCGCGGCCCACGAUAAAGGCGUUUGAUCCGGGAUGGGGAAGCGAGAUCGACGACGCGGGCCUGCGAUUCAUAUGCGAGGGCUGUCGUCUGGAGGAGCUGGUUCUCUCGUCGACGGAGAAUUUAAGUUCGGACGCUAUUGAAGCUAUUUUGCAGACUCCGACCGCGCAGACGCUCCGCAAGCUUUAUUUCUACGGGAACCACCAAUUCACAUCCGCUGCCAUGUUGCGGCUAUUCCGCGGCUGCCCUCAGCUCGCGGACUUCGUAUGGGAGACGGACGACGAUGACUCUUGUCCAAUCGAAGAUGGCCCCCACGACGAGAUCCUGCGACUUAUCAAGAGCCGCGGCGGGAAGAGGCGCAAGUGGUUCAAGCCUUGGGUAGAGUAAGUAUGUACAACUGUA